CAGAUUGAGAACCGCGCCUACUACGGCCGCGCCUUCCGCAAGCUGCACAUCGAGGUGGCGGCGCGCCAGGACGGGCUGCAGGUGUUCCACUGCGUGAUGUACCCGCGCUUGGAGUACGACCUGCCCAUCUUGUCCAUGGACCUGGUGGCCAACGCCGGCAGGGUCAGCCUGGCCAUCGUGGACCCCUGCCCCCUCAGCCCCGGCCUGCAGCUGCCGCCUGUGUACGAGCAGCCCGUCAGGUGGGCGGGCCCGGCUGGGCGGUGGUUUCGGAGCAACCGCUCCAUCCCCGAGUGGGGCGCCGCCAUCUUCUCGCCGCUGUGCGUAAUCGUGCGCCCCGACAGCAGCGAGGAGGUUGGGCGCUUCCUCAAGUACGCGCUGGCCCUCACCCAGCUGCACGUGCAGAUCGCGCACCCGGUGAGCUCCUCGCAGCGGCGGCGCCUGGAGGCGCUGCACGCGGGGCACAGCCGCUACUGCGAGAAGCAGCUGGAGAACGACAAGACGAGGCGGGUGCUGGAGGCGGCGUUUGGCGCCGAGCUUACGGAGCGGUACAUGCGGGAGUGCAUGUUUGACUGCCCUCCCCUGCCCAAGAGCGUGUAA